AUGGAUAACACAAACCGUAUUCGUCGCCCUCACGGUGAAGUGAGUAGUAUGGAAUGGGAGUUUAUCAAUAUGACCGAACAAGAAGAAGAUCUCAUCUUUCGGAUGUACAAACUUGUCCGGGACAGAUGGGAUUUAAUAGCAAGGAGAGUCGUAGGACGAGAGGCUAAGGAUAUAGAGAGAUAUUGGAUAAUGCGAAACUCUGAUUAUUUCUCCCACAAACGAGGAAGACUUCACAAAUCUUUUUGUAUUUCUUCUCCUACAUUUCUGUUGUUGAAUAGAACAAAUCUUCUACGUAAUUAUAAUUCUCAGCAAUGGUUGUCCAAAUAA